CCUUGCAUUGUUGGAUAAAUAUUAAAUACUAAUAUUUUGUUGUGUGUUUAUUGUACAGCUUAAUAAUAUAGCUUUCAUGCAGGCAGGUCACACCAUUCCCAUCUGAUUGCAUCAGUCUGAUAUCACGGGUCAAUCUGGUUAAGUAGUCACUCUUUGUAAAGCACUCUGGUUGUAAAAUUAUGACUCAGUUCAAUGUUUGUCGAGUUGCUGGAGGAUGAUGUGCACACACUGCCCGACCCCUCCCAGAUGGAGGGGGAAUGGGGUGGGAGGCUCUCUGCACCAUGAUCCACUGCAUGCAUACUGUAUCAGCCUAGACUCAGAGAAAAGAAAACACUGAAGGAUCCCAUCUUACAGGGAAGAAAGCAUUGAUGCAAAAACCAAACAAAACAGAAAUAAAAUAAAAAAAAAUCUAGGCAAAGUGCAUGUGAUGGAAAGAGCUGGAAUGCCUUUUUUUUUUUUUUUAGCAAGGUGGAAAAUGGACUUCUCUUCCAUUCUGACCUCGCUUUACUUUGCUUCGGGGUGUAGGCGGAUCUGAAGAAACAGACACACGAAAUAUCUGUUCAGCACAUGGGAUUGCUGUGCACAUAUAGACAGAUAGAGAGAGAAAUAAUUUCAUAAUGGGAGUUUGAGCAUUACAGGACUGGUUCUUUUCUUCCUCUGCCCGCCAUGCUCCAGGCAUCCUCAUCCGAUCUGUUCCCUACCUGAGGGACACGAAAGGAAAUAGCCUUCUAGUCCAAGCGGAUAUGGCGUGUUUGUCGCAUUGACCUUAAUUGCACGUUGGCUUUUAUUCAUACAAGGUAAUUCCUAAGGUAUUUGGAGCGAAUGGAGGCUUUGGGUGAGCUUUCUGCAUAUGGAUGUAAUGUUUCUGGCAUGCAUCGGUGUGGACGAGACAAGUGCAUGAAUUGCUGAAGUUUGUGACGAAAAGAAAAAAAAAUGUCCGUUUUUGAACUGCACAGCUUUAGUGUAAGCGACAGCACUCUCUGCGGGACACGUGUGAUGUAAACAAACCAGUGACGCGGCUCCAACCUCGCCUACGUGCAUUUCUCCUAAAUGCUGCGCGAACUUGUAAAUCGAACCCGACCUGCCUGAGCGUAUCGUCUGAAGGGUUCCGGGUCUGGGCUCGGGCUCGGUCAUGGGAGCGAAACAGGCAAAGAGCCCGGAUGAGGCGGGCGCCAGCCCUCUAAGCGCGCGCUGCAGGAGGACACCGACGCGCGAGCGCGGCAAUGACGUACGCGCCUCGCUCGUCCUGCGCGCCGGGGAGAGACUCGCGCGCGCCGGACCGCCGCCUCCCUACCAGCGGCGCGUGGGCAUGAUCCAGGACAUGAUGCUCCUGGCCAAGCAGGGCAAGCACGACGAAGCCACUGAGAUGCUUAAAACCCUGCGACAGGAUCUGGGAAUGGAGUCAACCUCCCUGGAUGAUGUCCUUUAUCGCUACGCCAGUUUUCGGAACCUGGUGGAUCCCAUUACACAUGACCUCAUCAUCAGUUUGGCCAGAUACGUUCAUUGCCCAAAGACGGAGGGCGAUUCUCUGGGAGCGAUGGAGAAGGUGUGCCGGCAGCUGACCUACCACCUGAGUCCGCACUCGCAGUGGAGACGCCAGGGCCUGCUGAAGAGGAAACCUCAGGCAUGCCUGAAAGCCGUUCUAUCCAACCCGCCUGCUAAUGGAGCGUUAGACCUUUCCGGCAUUCCCCUGGGAGUGAAAGAUAUGGAGCGGCUGUGCUCGCAUCUGAAGCGGCACGCGUCUCGCCUUUCCAGCCUGGAGUUAGGUUUCACAGAGCUCACAGACGAGGCCUUUCUUCUGCUCCUGCCCACUCUGGCGUCGCUGCCUCGGCUUGAGACGCUGGCGCUUAACGGCAACAGGCUGACACGAGCCGUGCUCAAGGAGCUGACGGACACCCUGAAGGAACCCGACCGCUUCCCCAGCAUCACGUGGAUCGACCUCGGGAACAACGUGGACAUUUUCUCACUGCCGCAGUCAUUCCUAGUGAGCCUGCGUAAGCGCUGCCCCAAGCAGGGCAACCUGCCUACCAUCAUGGAGUUCGGGGAGAGCCAGGCGAGUGAGCCGGACGCCCGGCCGGAUGAGGAUGACACUGAUAACACUGACGAUACAAACAAGACGCUUAGUCUGGGCGAGCUCAGGUCGGAGGUGGACUGUGACAUAGAUGGAGAAAUGGAGAUUGAAGAGAUGAUGGAGGAGCUGCUCGACUUUGAUAGAGAAGUCAGAGGUCCAGAUGACGAAGACAGUGUGUGGACCAUGGAAGAGCUGCGUGCCGCGCGAAGACCGUACGAAAGACAAAGCAAUGGAAAAAAAGCGACUAAGGCUGAAGGCGAAGAAGACACACACAGCCGAAGCUCACAGCUGUCGUGCUCUAGUCAAUCGCAGGACUCUUCGGCAGUCUUCGGGGAUGUGAGGAAGGACAACGGUGCGGAUCGGGUGCCUUGUCAUUCGGGCGACAUGACCUGACCAGGCUUUGCUUAAUUUAGAAGUCGUAGCCUUUAAACCUGUCUUGUCCAAAGAGUCAGGACUCAGGAGAGACCCUGCAUUAGAGCGCUCACAGGUCGGCAUAAUAAAUGUCAAGCUAGUAUAAGAUCAGAGCGGAUGAUUCACUUAAAAGCAAGAGACUAUAUGGCGAAUAAAUUAUAUUUUGUGUAUGACGUGGAUAAAAAUUCAAAUUAUACCACAUUAUGAGGUAUAACAAUCAUAUUACAGUAUAUAUAAAGUAAGGUAGGAUACCCUUUGCAGUUUAAAUGCUUCUCUUUCAGGUAAUACCCCUUGGUUAUAUGGUCCUAACGACCGACUUUUACCUAUGUGCCUGUCUGACCCUGUUAACGAGGAGCGUGUGCAGAUGUGUGAUGGUCUGACUCUGAGUGGGCGCGCAUGCUUUUCCGGUACACACGGGGAUUGUGAUAUACGAGACAAACGCUCCGGCUUGACAUUAUUAGUCUAGCUUGAAAAUAUCUUUCUCCGGCUAUGCAUCCGUUUCCACGUCCCAAGCAAGAAAGAAAAUGUUCCUUAGCCUUUGAAAUGCAUGUCGCGAAUGUCGGCGCAGCCUGUACUCCUCUGGAAAAACAAGAGGGAAGCAAAAAAUGUCAAGGAUGCCCUCGGUUCACCUUUAGAAACGUGUUGUGCUUUAUGAUGGACUGGCACCAAAGAUGGAUCAACAAUUAAAAAAAACAUAAAUGUCCCAAUUAUUAUUAUUAUUAUUAUUAUUAUUAUUAUUAUUAUUAUUGAUAAGGUAUCAAAGCUUUGCUCUUCCUUUUAUACAGAACUUUCUAACAUGCUCUAUAAUUGCAAUUUAUUUGGUAUAUAUAUUUUAAAAUAAUCACCCAGCCACUGUAUUAUUGAGUAUUUGUUUAAAAAAUUACGCCACAUUUAUAUCCAUCCACAUAUUCACCAAGUAUUUCUUCACCAGCACAUACAGUACUUAUGCUCCAGUAGAUCCAAUCUUCAAUAUAUUGAGUAUCUUGAAUACAGUUUAGUACACGGCUCAUAUUAUCCCUCUUUCUGUGAACGAGCCAAUUUCAGGUCUUACUCUAUUAUUAAAUGUUCUUUUACAGAGUUUCUGUAAUAAAUAUAUUAUUUUGUAAGGACCAUA